AAAUGCGAACAUCGAUGGGGAUCGCUGGGAGCGAGUGUCAUUGGACGGGAGAUGCUCUCUAUACCACUGCUAGGAGUAGCAUGAGAACUCGUUCAUGGCGAUGAACUCAUAGACAUAGCCUCUUCUAAUCUCGUAAUUAUAAUAUGAAUGAUUGUGACUGCCCCUUCGCUCGUUGCUUUUUCUUUGCUUUUCUUUGCUUUUGUUUCGUUUCUUUCCCUGUUUCUCCUCGCCGCCUGGCCGGAUCCAAUCAUCGACUCAUUUAUUUCAUCGGCUCACUCUCCCCCUCUCUUCCUCUCUCCACUCGAGGGUCCUGGACUCGGGGCGUUUGAGGAUCUCCCGACCCCGUCAAUCCUACUUCUUGGAGCACUGAAUCGACUGCCUUCCCUAUACCUUCAUCCGACUGAAACGAGCAUCAACCCUUGGCAAAUCCCGUCCAACCUCGGGAACGCAUGCCGCCAGCCCCUCUCCAGGGACGACUGCGUACUGCUCGCGGCUUACUGGAUCGUUAGCGUAUCUCGUCAUCGUCAGCAGAAGCAGCCGACGGCGCGAUCAUUGGCUCGCCGGGGAUUCGUCAGUGCAAUCUGCCUUGUUUGGCUACGGCGCUAUUCAUGUACUAUCACCGCGUACAAGCCACAUCCGCUUCCCCAGCAGUCGGCCUCUCCACUCGCGCAGGACGGCGACGAGAGCACAAAGGGCAGAAAGAAGAGGGUCGAUAGAGUGGCCGUCGAACAACGGAAAAAGAAACGAAAGGUACCGCCCCCACGAUCUGUCUGGAUUGCCCUCCAUCCCGAUCGGAUUCCCGGGAGCAAGUCGCACGCAGCGGCUCUGUCCGUUCUGUUCUUUUUUCCUUAUCCAAGGAUUGCCCCGCGGCGGUUCGGAUCUCAGGCUAUUUGAUCGUUGCUUUUUUUCCCAUUGAGAUUCCACCGGUGUUUUCUUUUUCUUUUUUUUUUAAUCUAUUCCUGCAUCCUGCAGUUGCCUGGUCUCUCUGCCUGGCCUUUUUUUUUUCCUGGUUGGUCUUCUAAUAAUUUCUCCGUGAAUAGUCAAUCGGGUUCAUCCUCUGGCCAUUGCUACCCUAAGGCUGAUCCACGCAAUCCUCCCACUUUCCCCAUGACUUGAGGGUGAUUCUCUCCUCUCUGCGGCCGUCGAUCGAUCCCGUCGAGCGCUCCGAUUUGUUUUC